ACUACUCUGUAUUUUAGAACAUAACAGAACACACCAUGAAACUAAUGGAUCUGUUUUGUUCUUCAAAUUCUUCCACAGCAACCUCAAGCAUGCACCAUCAUCAUCAUGGUUCUAUGGUACCAAAGAGAAGCAAAAAGACCCAGUUACCCAACAUUGUUCUCCCUUGUUCAACUUCUUCUUCCCAAUUGAUACCCCUGAAUCCAAAGCCCAGAAAGAGUAGUAGUUGUUCAUCAUCAUCGAACAUGGGUGAAGUAGUGAUGAGAAGACAUAGCUCUGUUGAACUUAGAGACUUAUAUACUACUAGUGGUUCAUCAAGAAGAUAUCUCCUUGCUACUGACACCAUUCAAAGGGUUUCUGACUCAUCUAACAACUCUUUGGUUCUUUCUCAUGAUAAUUAUAAGCCCCACCAAAGAGAUCAUCAUCUUCUUAGAUCAUCUUCUGUUCGUUCAACAAACCAGGUUGUGGUAUUGAGGGUAUCAUUGCACUGCAAAGCAUGCGAAGGAAAACUUAGAAAACAUAUAUCAAGAAUGGAAGGAGUGAGAUCAUUCAGCAUAGACAUGGAGACAAAGAAGGUGACAAUCAUUGGUGACGUCACGCCAUUAGGGGUAUUGGCCAGUGUUUCCAAGGUCAAGAAUGCUCAUCUCUGGCCAUAUCCAUCCACCACAUCAUCAUCAUCAUGAUCAUCAUCAUCACUAUCUUCUUCUUUCUUAUUUAUUUGUAUCAUCAUCACCACUUCUCUAUGAAUAAUCUCAUUUUCAUUGUGUCCAAGCUUAUUAAGUUAUUGUGACUAUAUAUAUAUAAUCAUUUCUCCUUC